UUAUGGACGCGACUCGGCAGCAGCCGGGCUGUUCUCACGGGAGGGCAUGUCUCCACAGACUGUAGUGCUACACGGGCGAGCUAACGCUGCAGGAUGGACAUGUCCAGCAGACUGUUGGUGUUGCAGCAGCUGGCUGAGAGCUGUGGUACCAGUACCGUCCAGCAGGGGGUCCAGCAGGUCUGGAGGCUGCUGCUGCUCUGCCUGCUCUGCAGACUCUGCUUCAGACUGGGGGGCGUGUCCACUGUGAAGCACGCCGUGUCCGCGGUGACGGGCGCCUACGCCCUCUUCCUGUUCUUCGAGCUGCACAUGCUGUGGGUGCUGGCGCUCAGCGCGCUGUGCUACCUCGUGCUGCUGCUCGGCCGGCGCUCCAGCAGCAGAGGCCUCUUCCUCUCCGCGGUGGUCCUCGUCUACCUCCUCGUCGGGGAGCUACAUUUGAUCGACAAGGUGACCUGGCAUAAAAUAAGAGGCUCCCAGAUGGUGGUGGCCAUGAAGGCCAUCUCUCUGGCCUUCGACCUGGACCGGAGGACCGUGGGCCGCCUGCCCUCCCCGGCCGAGUUCCUGGGCUACGUCCUCUUCGUGGGCACCGUGGUGUUCGGCCCGUGGAUCAGCUUCUCCACCUAUCGGAGCGCCGUGGAGGGCGAGCGGCUGAGCUGGCUGUGGCUGCGCAGCUGCUCCCUCCGCCUGCUGAGGAGCCAGCUGUGCCUGCUGGUCUCCACCUGCGUGGCCCCGUACCUCUUCCCCCUGCUGAUCCCCGUCUACGGGAACGCCGUCACGCAGAGGUGGCUGCAUGCGUAUGAGAACGCCGUGUCCUUCCACUUCAGUAACUACUUCGUGGGUCACCUCAGUGAAGGCAGCAGCAUGCUGGCUGGAGCCGGAGCCACGGAGGAGAAGGGCCACGUCCGGUGGGACCUGAGCGUGGUGCGGCCCCUGGCGGUGGAGCUGCCCCGCUCCAUGGUGCUGGUGGUGACGUCCUGGAACGUCCCCAUGUCCCAGUGGCUGAAGACCUACGCCUUCAAGAACGCCAUGAAGCUCGGGACCUUCCCCGCCAUCCUGGUCACGUACACCGCCAGCGCCUUGCUGCACGGCCUGAGCUUCCACCUGGGGGCCGUGCUGCUGUCGCUGGGCUUCAUCACCUACGUGGAACACGUCCUGAGGAAGAAGCUGGCCUCCAUCUUCAGCGCCUGCAUCCUGUCCAGGCCGUGUUCCUCCGACUGCAGCCACCAGCACAAGAAGGAGUAUUGGGUCUCGUUGCUGAACCUGGUCUUCAGCCUCCUGGCCAUCUUCCAGCUCACCUACCUGGGCUCCAUGUUCGACCCUGGAGUGGAUGAACAGGAAGUAGAGGAGGGUUACGCGGCCCUCCACACCAUCCACAGGUGGUCCGAGCUGAACUGGGCGGGCCACUGGGUGGUGCUGGCCUGCUGGGUCUUCUACCGGCUGAUCCAGUGAUGUCAUCACAACGGAGGUCCUCCAGCGGGACGAGGACCUGCUCCAGAGGGCCGAGGUGGUCUUCACACGCAUGUGCUGCUUGACACGUGAACACGGAGUGAGGACACGCCUCCAUGUCUGAAGGAGCCGUUAAAGACAGGAGGACUCGGUUCAGCUCCUGGAGGACCAUCAGGACCUCCUGAAGGACCAUCAAGACCUCCUGGAGGACCAUCAAGACAAUCAGGACCUCCUGGAGGACCAUCAAGACCUCCUGAAGGACCAUCAGGACCUCCUGAAGGACCAUCAGGACCUCCUGGAGGACCAUCAGGACCAUCAAGACCUCCUGGAGGACCAUCAAGACAUCCUGGAGGACCAUCAAGACCAUCAGGACCUCCUGAAGGACCAUCAAGACCAUCAGGGCCUCCUGAAGGACCAUCAGGACAUCCUGGAGGACCAUCAAGACCUCCUGGAGGACCAUCAGGGCCUUCUGAAGGACCAUCAGGACCUCCUGAAGGACCAUCAGGACCUUCUGAAGGACCAUCAAGACCAUCAGGACCUCCUGGAGGACCAUCAGGACCUCCUGGAGGACCAUCAAGACCAUCAGGACCUCCUGGAGGACCAUCAGGACCUCCUGGAGGACCAUCAAGACCUCCUGGAGGUCCGCUCCAUUGUCCGGCUGCUGGUCCAGAACAUUCCUCACGUGUUCUCCUCUUUAUGUUUAAGGGUCCAGAACUGUUCUCAUGUUCUUCUGUUACAACUCAAUGAUUUUGAUGCUUUGAUGUUUUUCUACUUUUUCUAUAAAUGUAAAAAAGUUCUGUAACUGA